AUGACCGAUGUUGUCGAGAAAACACGAUCAGGAACGAUAUUUAUUCGACCACUACGAGAUAUCACUUCUGCAGAAAUUGCGACGGCACUUCGUUUAGAGAAUGUAGAAAACUACGCUCUACCUGAGCGGGAAGGUGCAUCAAUUCCCAGCCUUCACCUAUGCGAGGCAUCGAAGACGGUAUCUUUGCAGGAAAUGUCUUCUAAAUUCCUUACUCACUUUGUGGAAGAAGGAUUUGAGGCCCGUGCUGUGGCUAAAACGACAAAAAGCACUGGCCAGGCCAACCUAGGGUACGACUACUCACAAAAGCACGUUGUUGUUAAUGCCAAAUUAGAGAAUUGCUCGCAGCAGUGUUUGUCCGAAUCAGCCAAUGCGCGAUUCUUUCAUCCACAAGUAAUGAGUCCCACUUUCCAAGCUUUUCUCGAAUAA